AUGAAUCCACCAAUAAUUCGAGCCAACCCUGUCAGCCCUCCGCAGUCUGUUGAAAUCAAGAGAACAACACCAUCUGUUUUUGAUUUGCUUGCUGAUGACGAGCCAAAUGGAAAUUCAGAUGGAAGUACAGCACAAGAAGCUCAUGUUGCAUUUUCAGUUGAAGGUUUGGGUAAAGUGGGAGCAGAAACACCACCCUACUCACCACGACAACCUGGCAGGUAUGAUAACUAUGGCUACGCCUCACCGUUGAAGGCUGCAAGGCAAAUAACCUCAUCAAAGAACCUUGAUUAUGUGCUGGAUGACCUUGAAGUUGAAGUGGCAAGUGCAUUACUGAAUGUACCUCCAUCUGAAGAUGCAAUAAUGCAAAAUGUUGAUAUGCCGCGAAGAGGCCAUCCUUUGGAAUUUUCACUGGAGAUGGAGGAUUCAUAUUGCAAGCUAAAGAAUAAUUUAUCUACCGUCACAGACAACAUGCAACUUGAUGGCCAUGGUAGAAUGAAGAGCUCAUUUGGAGACAGAAAGACAUUUGGUAAAACUGAGAGCAUUAAUGAUGAUACAUGGGAUGAAAAUAUUGCACUUGCUGAAGGACAAUCAAAACCAACUGUAUUCCUGGUGAAACGGACGUUGCCUAAUUCUAGAGAGGGACAGAAGUAUAUUUUGUCCUUCAAUAUCAUAUUGGAUAUGGGCCCCUGCAGUAUUUUGAAUUUUGUUCUUAUGGUUUUCAUGUUUAAUGCUGAUUUCUGGGAUGAAACUGAGGUCGAGGAUUUGUUUCAGCUUUUGUCAUGGGAUGCCAGUUUUCAUGAUGGGAGGGAAUCUGAUAUGUCUUGGAAUAGCUGGCCAUAUCCUAUGGAUGGUAAUUCUGCUGAUUUUCUGAAAUACGGAAAUGAUAGAUUGCCAGAUGAUGCUUUUGAAGGUUCCCAUCUGCUGAAGAAAAGGAAUUCUAUGAAUGCCAAGGAAGCAUUCAAUAUCUUAGAUUCGCCCUCUCUGAAGCACCAAACAUCUGAAACUGAUUUUGAUUUCAUGAUUUCUGAAAGGGCUAGGAAGCCUUCACUGCGUACUAAUUUUGGUUUCGGAGAUACAACCGUCCGACCUGAUUGGUCUUGCUUUACUGCGGAAGAUGCUAGAGACAACCAGAGCUUGUUGAGUGAAGAGUCGAGCUCGUCCACUGCAGUGAGGGGCAAGGAGACAGAUGUUUCGCCAUCAAACUCUAGAGCAAGACGCAGCCGAAGGCAUCAAAAUGCUUUUGGUUUCCCUCAAAAAAAUAGCAGUGCUAAAAACAUUUUUCUCAAGGGAAGACGAUUCAAAAAUGGUGAAGAAAUUCAGAAAGGAAAUAGUGUAUUUGGAUCAGGAAAAUCCAUGCGGCAGCCAAUGCUAUCAGAGUCAAGAUCUGCCCACAACUUAGAUUGUCCUUUCCAGGAGAAAAUAGGGUCGAGUAGGAGUUGGUUGUUCAAAGAAGGAUAUGGGUCAGCAGAAAUGAAUAUGGGUUUCAGUUCACCAUGCCGGACCUCAGAAACUAAGCAUCCUUUUUCAAGCUCCAAGCCUUGGCCCGAAGAUACUUUUGGUGUCUUCCCUGAACCACAAAUUGAUGCCAAAUUCUCUUUUGAGACAUCCAAACAUGGUGGCUCUAUUAAACAUUCACCAUCUAGCAGUUUUAUCUCUGAAAAGUUUGCCUUCUGCCAACAAUCUAGUCGCACGCACGUCCAUGAUUCUCCUACUUUCUCAAAGGUUGAGUUUCGGGUAACCAAGCCAGAUUUUGCUCUGGAUUAUCCAGAUUUUGAGUUAGAAAUCAAUUCUCCAGAUGCAUCAGAUGAUGCUGCUUCUCAUGGAGAGAAGUUGGUUUUGGAGUUAUCAGCAAAGGAAAGCGUAAGGAAGGAUAAGAAAAAUAGAUCAAAAUUUCAGCAAACCAAUUAUGAGAAAGUCAAGACUUGGAACAGCCCUGUUGGGAAAAACAUGAAGCCAGUGGAUGCAUUAGAGUCUGAGGAUAAUGGUCUUUACUGCAUGGAUGCAAAAGAUGUACCUUUGGAGACGUCAUCAUCCGUGAAGAUCCCUAUCAAAUCUGAAGGCAGUGUUGAUAAAAAAGAAUAUCACCAUGAUGCUGAAGUUUCUCCUCGCCCAAAUGGGAAUGAAGAAGGCACCAAAGGCGUCUCCUGUACAGACACCUUAAAGAAGGUCUCUUCAUUUGCACCUAAGAAUGGGUACAGCAUCAAACAUGUCCGGUGA